AUUUCACCGUUAUUUGUUUUCGCCAUGAACCUAACUAUGUGGGUCCUGACGCCGUCUGGCUGUUUGGGCGGGUGCCAUUCUCGGCAAACAGGAUAAGCAUUUUCUUUAGUCUUAUCCUGUAUUACUUUACUUUAUUUACAUGGUCAAUCUGAUGACAUCGUCACAUCGCUUCGGCUUACAAUACGCUUUGUCUCGGCGGAAACUUAACGUGGCAACAAUAUGAUUGGCUCCAACAAGACCGUGGCGAUAAUAACAUUAUAACAUUCAUAGCUUUUCACUAGCAAAAUGCGGCAAGACCAAGUCACCUGAUGUCUUAAGCCCGGGAUCUUGAGGGGAAUGGACCGGAUUCAAUCCCCAGCUUUUCCCCAGACUCAUCCACUACCGGGUCGAGUACCCGGUCUGAUUGGACAGUUUCCGGACGCUUGGUAUAAGACGAUAUCUUGUAGCAAGAUCCUUGUCGGGCUGUAUUGUGCCGGCGUGACACCAAUCAUCAUUAAACGUCAGGGUCUUAGCAAAUACAUCUUACUCUUUGAAGUAUCUGGUGGAUCUUUGUAUCUUAUAUAAGAAACCCAUAACCUUCCCAUCCUGUCUUCCACAGUACCGCUCCGAAAGCUUUACUUUCUUACCAAAUUUUCUUCUUUUAUCCGUCUGUCUGUCUCUCUAAGUAGACCUCAGAGAGCUGGUAGACUUGACUUUCUCGACGUUAACAGCAAGAUGGAGUUAUCAAGAACGAAGCAGCCCUACUUCGGGUUCAAGGGCAAAUGGCUAACGUUCUGGAUCACUGUUGCUUGCGCUACAGACAUGACCUUGUUCGGUUAUGAUCAGGGUAUCUUCAGCGGUGUCGUCAUUUCCCAGAAUUACCUUGACGUCCAUAACUUGAACGGACCGGAGAACACAAGCACGCUAUCCAUCAUAACAGCUAUUUACACUAUUGGUUGUUUCUUUGGCGCCAUAACCGCGUUCUACAUUGGCGAGACAAUCGGCCGGAAGAAGACCAUCCUUGUCGGUACCGCAAUUAUGACCGUGGGCGCCAUUCUCCAGGCGACAUCCUUCAGUGUUCCACACAUGAUCGUUGCUCGUAUCGUCUCAGGCAUCGGAAAUGGAAUCAACACAGCUACAGCACCUGUUUGGCAAACGGAAACAUCCAAGGUCCAUAACAGAGGGAAGCUUGUCAUGCUAGAGAUGGGGUUGAACAUCCUUGGUUUCUCCUUAAGUAAUUGGAUCAACUACGGGAUGUCUUUCGUAGGGGGCGCUAUAGGAUGGCGACUACCCUUGGCUCUCCAACUUUUCUUCUGCAUUGUUCUCUUCUCUACUAUUCCGUGGCUACCUGAGUCACCUAGAUGGCUACUUGCGCACGGCCAGGAGACCGAAGCCACCAUGAUCCUUGCCGAUCUGGAAGACAAACCGAUUAACGACCCAUACGUCGUCGCAGAACGUACCGAGAUCAUUUAUGGAAUCGAAUAUGAGCGCGAGAAUGCGAUUAAUUGGGGUGACCUUCUCCGCGGUCGCACCAAGGCUGGAACCAAGACCAUUCGGCGAUUAGCUCUUGGGGCUGGUACCCAAGCUAUGCAACAAUUUGGCGGCAUCAAUAUCAUGUCUUACUACCUUCCUACCGUAUUGAUCGAAUCUGUCAAGCUCGACUCCAGCAUGGCACGUCUUAUCUCAGCAUGCGCAUCAGUCAUAUACCUGAUUUCGUCUUUAAUUGCAGCUCCACUUGUUGAAAAGCUUGGUCGCCGAAAGAUGAUGAUGGUCUCAACAAUUAUUCAAUUCCUUUGCUUUCUGGUCGUAACUAUAUUGCUCAACUUCGCGGAGAAGCCGGGCUACCUUCAUCAGAUCGAGGUGGCCUCGGCUUCCGUUGCGUUCUUUAUCCUCUUCUACGUGGGCUUUGGGUUAGGAAUGCUGGGCAUUCCGUGGCUUUAUCCUACCGAAAUCAAUUCUCUUCCCAUGCGUACCAAGGGCGCUGCGGUUGCUACCAUGACAAACUGGAUCACAAACUUCGUCGUCGUCGAAAUCACACCCAUCGGCAUCCAGAAACUUGGCUGGAAGUUCUAUAUCAUCUGGACCAUAACCAACGCGCUGUUUUUGCCGGUCAUCUACUUAUUCUACCCAGAGACUGCCCACCGUACUCUGGAAGACUUGGAUGCUUUUUACCGCGAUAACCCGCCCCUGGUCCUCCACAAGGACCGCGACUCUACCUCGGUGCAAAGACCCGAGCGGUUUGCCCAAGCUCAGGGCCGCGACAUAGAGGAAGCGGCCGAGAACCUACGGCGCCGCGCGUCUCCUGCUGGGUCGGUCUUCGAGCACGAUGCUGCGGAGAAGUCUAUAAGCGACUAAGAACACCCCUGGCGGGCAUGGCUCAACGACUGAGAUUCUUCACGAGGCAUAUGAGCGCGUCUCAUUGAGCAUUGUGUAUUUAAGUAUGUUUACGAAUACCAUAGCGAACAUUAGGGAAUAGGGAUAUACACAUGGCUAUGGCAUUGGGCUUUUCUCCCUGCCUGGGAGGUGUACUUUCGUUUCGGAAUAGACCUUUUUCCAGUGAUACCACAUUACGUUAGAGAAUUGAAACAAUUCAAUUCAA